UGCCUUUUGCUUUUAAGUUACCCACCUUGGUUCAAUUCCAAUACUCUCCCUACUUUUCAAAUCCUCCAUUUCCAUUGUAUUACAUUACAUUCUCUCGUUUUUUCCAUUCUUUCUUUUUUUCCUUCUCUUCAUUCAAUCUCCACACCUCCAUUUCCCAUAAAACCAUUAAUCUCUUCAUUCACUUCUUCCUCCACAACAACACUAGUAUCCGUUCCUCCUUUUUCUUGGAGUUCUUAAUCUGAUGAUCAUCCUUGUCUUCUAAAUUCUGAAUUAUGGUCAGUUCCGUUGCUCCUUCCGUCUGCAUACUUUCCAUUUCAUUGACUGAUAUUUUUCUUCUUGUUUUCUUUAUCUGUGAAUUUUCAAAAAUCAAGGGAACACCAGUUAAUAUCGUCGUUGGCUCGCAUGUGUGGGUGGAAGAUCUGGAGGUCGCGUGGAUCGACGGGGAAGUGACUGAAAUCCAUGGCCACGAUGCCACGAUCAUUACAACUAAUGAGAAAACAGUUGUUGCUAACCUUUCAAGUAUAUACCCAAAAGAUACCGAAGCGCCGCCGGCAGGGGUUGAUGACAUGACCAAGUUAGCUUAUCUCCAUGAACCAGGAGUCCUACAGAAUCUUGCCUCCCGCUUUGCUCUCAAUGAGAUAUACACCUACACAGGGAACAUUCUAAUAGCUGUAAAUCCAUUUCGAAGGCUACCCCAUUUGUACGACGUCCAUAUGAUGGAGCAGUACAAAGGAGCUCCCUUUGGAGAGCUUAGUCCACAUCUUUUUGCCGUUGCAGAUACUUGCUAUAGGGCAAUGAAAAAUGAACAUGGAAGCCAAUCCAUCUUAGUGAGUGGAGAAAGUGGGGCUGGUAAAACUGAGACAACAAAGAUGCUCAUGAGAUACCUUGCGUUCAUGGGUGGAAGAUCGGGUACGGAGGGAAGAACAGUAGAACAACAGGUUCUGGAGUCCAACCCUGUCUUAGAGGCAUUUGGAAAUGCAAAAACAGUGAAGAACAACAAUUCAAGUCGCUUUGGUAAAUUCGUCGAGAUCCAAUUUGACAAACAUGGGAAGAUUUCUGGGGCAGCAGUUCGCACAUAUCUUCUCGAACGGUCACGUGUCUGCCAGGUGUCUGAUCCAGAAAGGAACUACCAUUGCUUCUACAUGCUUUGUGCUGCACCACCAGAGGAUGUGAAGAAGUACAAGUUGGCAGACCCAAGAACAUUUCAUUAUCUCAACCAAACGAACUGUUAUGAAGUGGCAAAUGUGAAUGAUGCUAGGGAGUACAUUGAGACCAGAAAUGCAAUGGAUAUUGUCGGGAUCAACCAGGAAGAACAGGAUGCAAUAUUCCGUGUAGUGGCUGCGAUUCUUCACCUUGGGAAUAUUGAUUUCAUUAAAGGGAAGGAAGUUGACUCCUCCAAACUGAAGGAUGAUAAAUCAGUUUACCAUCUUCAGACGGCUGCUGAGCUGCUCAUGUGCAAUGAGAAGGCCCUUGAAGACUCGCUUUGUCAGCGCGUCAUUGUUACGCCUGAUGGUAACAUUACAAAGCCUCUUGAUCCUGCUUCAGCUGCGUUAAACCGUGAUGCCUUGGCAAAGACUGUCUACUCCAGAUUAUUCGAUUGGAUUGUGGAUAAAAUAAAUAGUUCAAUCGGCCAGGAUCCUAAUGCAACAAGCUUGAUUGGAGUGCUUGAUAUCUAUGGUUUUGAGAGCUUCAAAAUCAACAGUUUUGAGCAGUUAUGUAUCAACCUAACAAAUGAGAAAUUGCAACAGCAUUUCAAUCAACAUGUUUUUAAAAUGGAGCAAGAGGAGUAUACAAGAGAAGAGAUCAACUGGAGUUACGUAGAGUUUGUAGAUAACCAAGAUGUUUUGGACCUUAUAGAAAAGAAACCUGGAGGAAUUAUUGCAUUGCUUGAUGAAGCAUGCAUGUUUCCAAAAUCAACUCAUGAAACAUUUGCUCAGAAGAUGUACCAAACAUAUAAAGGCCACAAGCGCUUCAGUAAGCCAAAACUUGCUCGAACAGACUUCACCAUCAAUCACUAUGCAGGAGAUGUUACCUACCAAGCUGAUCAGUUCCUCGACAAAAACAAAGAUUAUGUCGUAGCAGAACAUCAAGCUUUGUUGAAUGCAUCCAAGUGCUCUUUCGUUGCCAAUCUCUUUCCUCCAUUACCUGAGGAGUCCUCAAAACAAUCCAAGUUCUCUUCAAUCGGUACCCGCUUCAAGCAACAAUUGCAAGCUCUGAUGGAGACUCUCAACACAACAGAGCCACAUUACAUCAGAUGUGUGAAACCUAACGCUGUCUUAAAGCCUGGAAUCUUUGAAAAUUUCAAUGUCUUAAACCAAUUGAGAUGUGGGGGUGUGCUAGAGGCAAUUAGAAUCAGCUGUGCCGGUUAUCCCACAAAGAGAACUUUUGAUGAGUUCCUUGAUCGUUUUGGGAUGCUUGCUCCAGAUGUUCUUGACGGAUCUGAUGAGAAAUCAGCUUGUGCGACCAUCUGUGAUAGAAUGGGCUUGAAGGGAUACCAGAUGGGGAAAACAAAGGUGUUCCUUAGAGCAGGGCAGAUGGCUGAACUGGAUGCACGAAGAAUUGAAGUCUUGGCGAGUGCUGCAAGACUCAUCCAGAGACAAAUCCGAACAUAUCUUACUCGAAAAGAGUUCAUCAUCCUACGGAAGGCUACUGUUCAUUUGCAAAAACUAUGGAGAGCCCAACUUGCACGUAAGCUGUAUCAACAAAUGAGAAGGGAAGAUGCAUUGCUCCGUAUACAAAAACAUGCUCGUGCUCAUACAUCUAGAAAAGCUUACACAGAAUUACGGGCAGCUGCAAUUGUUGUCCAAACUGGCUUGCGUGCAAUGGCAGCCCGUGAUGAGUACAGAUACAGAAGGAGAACUAAGGCCGCAAUUAUUAUUCAGACACAAUGGCGUAGGUUCCAAGCACUUUCAGCUUAUAAGAAGCAUAAGAAGGCUAGUCUUAUACUUCAGUGUCUAUGGAGAGGGCGAGUAGGAAGGAAGGAGCUUAGGAAGCUCAGAAUGGCUGCCAGAGAGACAGGAGCACUCAAAGAAGCCAAAGACAAACUGGAGAAGCGUGUUGAGGAGCUUACAUGGAGAUUGGAAUUCGAAAAGCAUAUGAGGAUUGACAUUGAGGAAGCAAAAGCCCAAGAAAUUGCAAAGCUGCAAUCUUCUUUACAUGAAAUGCAUACACGGCUGGAAGAAGCUAGUGCAGCAAUCAUCAGGGAAAGGGAAGCUGCAAAGAUAGCAAUCGAACAAGCACCACCUGUUAUAAAAGAGGUUCCAGUUGUGGACAAUUCCAAGUUGGAGUUGCUAACAAGUAGGAAUGAAGAACUCGAGGAUGAGUUGAGUGAAUGGAAAAAGAAGGCUGAAGAAUUUGAGAGAAGAUUUUCCGAGGUUCAACAACUGAGUGAGGCAAGUACUAAAGAUGCAGAAGAAUCACAUUCAAGAAUCUGCCAGCUCCAAGAAAUGAUAGAAAGAUUAGAAGCGAACUUGUCAAAUUUGGAAUCUGAAAACCAGGUUCUACGCCAGGAGACUUUGGUUGCAUCAACAAAUGAGGACCUCUCUGAAGAAAUGAAAAGCCUUGAGUGUAAGAUCGCAAAGUUGGAGGAGGAGAAUCAGUUGCUCUGCAGUCAGGCAGCAGUCGUUGUACAAACAGUAGUCGCGCCUGAGUGGAAACCACCACCAGUCACUAAGGCAACUUACCUCUCUUUGGUGAUGCAGAGGGAUGAAAAUGGUCAUCAAGAUGAAGAAGAAAUUAAAACAAAAGAGUUGGCGCCUAGUCAAAUCCCUCUUAGCAAACAGAAGUCUCUUACUGACAGGCAACAGGAAAAUCAUGAUGCACUUAUCAAGUGUCUCGCUGAAGAUAAGAGAUUUGACAAGAACAGACCAGCCGCUGCAUGUAUUGUGUAUAAGUCACUGAUUCAAUGGCGAUCGUUUGAAGCAGAUAAGACCAACAUAUUCGACCGAAUCAUUCACACGAUCCGGAUAUCCAUUGAGAAUCAAGAGAAUGUCAGUGACCUUGCUUACUGGCUUUCGACAACAUCAACACUUCUGUUUCUUUUGCAAAACACACUGAAAGCAAGCCAUGCAUCAAGUCAAACUUCACACCGAAGCCGAACACCGCCCGUCACCUUGUUUGGAAGAAUGGCCCAAGGUUACCGUUCAUCUGCGUCAGGGAUAGGAAUUUCCAGCGGUUACAGUGGCAUGGUAGGAAAGCCAGACAUUCAAUCCCGAGUUGAGGCAAAAUACCCAGCCUUACUAUUUAAGCAGCACUUGACUGCUUAUGUUGAGAAAAUAUAUGGGAUGAUCCGAGACAGUUUGAAGAAAGAGAUCAGCCCAUUCUUGAAUAUGUGCAUACAGGCACCAAGAUCAGCACGAGUAAGAUCAAUAAGAGGGUCAUCCAAAAGCAUUCACUCAAAUGUGGUUGCAAAACAAGCAUCAAGCAUACACUGGCAAAGCAUUGUCCAGAGUCUAGAUCGUACCUUGGGUGUAAUGUGUGAGAAUUAUGUCCCUUCCAUGAUCAUAAGGAAAACCUUCAGUCAGGUAUUCUCAUUCAUAAAUGUGCAGCUCUUUAAUAGCUUACUGCUCCGACGUGAAUGCUGCUCGUUUAGCAACGGAGAAUAUGUUAAAGCUGGUUUGCAAGAAUUAGAACAAUGGUGCUUCAAAGCGACAGAUCAGUUUGCAGGAACGUCAUGGGAUGAACUCCGGCAUAUAAGACAAGCAGUUGGAUUUCUUGUUUUGCAUCAAAAAGCUCAAAAAUCAUUGGAUGAGAUCGCAAAUGAGCUCUGUCCGGUCUUGAGUGUUCCACAAAUUUACCGCAUCGGAACAAUGUUUUGGGAUGACAAAUAUGGAACCCAGGGUCUAUCUCCAGAUGUAAUCAGCAAGAUGAGAACGUUAAUGACGGAAGAUUCAGUCAACACUUCUAAUAACUCUUUCUUACUUGACGAUGAUUCGAGCAUACCUUUCUCAUUGGACGACAUAUCCCGGUCGGUGCUGGACAUCAGCCUCUCCGACGUGGACCCGCCGCCUCUUCUCCGUCAGAACUCCGAGUUCCAUUUCCUCCUGCAACGUGCCGAUUGAGACUCUUACUUUUUCACAAAGGCAUAUUGUAACCUCUCUCUCUCUCUCUCUCUCUCUCUCUCUCUCUCUCUCUCUCUCUCUCUCUCCUUUGUUUCUUUUUUUUUUUGUGAAUUUUUGUCAAGAGAGUCGGAAAUGCAAUUUUAUUUUAUUUUUCUUUUGAUUGAUUGCGCCGUUGGAAUUGGGCGUGCUGAGUGUAUUAUGUCGUGCAAAUGCUUUCGGAAUGUAAUUAAAAAGAGAAACAACUGUUUGUUAAUUUUGCAUAGAUAUGUUUUGCAUCAUACUAGUCAAGGAAAAAUGUAAUAAUUUUUUUU